CUAAAAGGGGACUGAGCUUGUGAUGUGGCCUGUCCAUGGACAGCCAAUGAAAACCCCAUGAAGUGAUGUCAAUCCGGAAAUAGAAUAAAAAUCUCGAUGAAAGAAACAGGAAAGUCAAUUUUUUAAUAUUUCAACUUUGAAAAUAAUCACAACUCUCUCAAAUUAAACAAAUAUCAAUAAGAAUAGAAAAUCACUGUAAAUAUUAUCUAUAUCACUUUUUUAAUAUUUCAUAUAACUUAACCUUCACCUUGACCUGGUUGCCAUGGGAUAGGUCAAACAAAUGUGUUUUGGUUGGGAACUACCUUGGUGUGUUUUGUUGAAGUUGUAGCACAAAGCUCAAGGCGCAUCUAUUAGUCUGCCUUGUAGGAACAUUGAAACGGUUUAAAGGAACUCUACAAACCUGAUUAUACGUGAUACAGUAAAUGAAAUAAUGACAACAGAGGCAGAAACGAAGCCAGCUGUCUCCCAAAGCGGCGAUCAACUGAAGCUGCCUAACAUAGUAACACAGAGCAUUUAUGCAGGGAAAUACAGAGACAGAAAUCCAGAUAUUUCAGCAGCUGGUAAAUUAACAGCAACAGGAGAUUCUGCCUAUCAGUGUCUAACACCACCAGCAAGGCCACUAUCUCCAGAAUCAGUACGCAGGUUUAGGGCCACUCUUCGCCCAGAUGCAGGCAAGCCAUCCGUAUUUUAUGGCAAGGCAUAUGAUCCACAUUUGAGAUGGGCAGCUGACAUGACCCAUGGACUGGUGGCACAGCCUUCUAUUGCUGCUGGGAAGUUACUCAACCCUCAGCCAUUAACAUUAUUUAAGUACAAGCUGAACCAAAAGAAGGAGCAGUUGUAUGCUAGUCACAGGAGAGGACCACUUGGGAAAUCUCAUGAUCAGAAACCAGGCUUCCCAGAGGGCCUUGAUGUAGACAAUGUUACUUUUGGUAUUCUUACUGAAAGAGAUAUUGGAGCUGGUAUUCUGAUAAACCCAAACAAGUCACCUCUUCAGGUAGAAGAAGAGUCAGAGGUUGGAAGAGAUUUGUACAGAAAAUCCCAUCGAGAUUAUUUGGUUGGUGAAUCAAAGGACAGAAAAUAUGCCCCACCAAACUAUGGUAAAAUGAAAUUGUAUGGUGUUCCCACCCCACAUGAUAACACAGGAGGACUCACUAAGAAGUCCUUGAAGUGGCUGCAUGAGCUGCAGAGUGAGAAGGCUGCCAAAAUUGUGUCCAAAAGAGUUGAUGACUUCAGAGAAAGAACAGAGCCACAGUUGGGUCAAGUUCAUGAUCCGAUUAAAGACACAUUGCGUGUCCCACCAGACCACACCUUUGGUAUCCUUGUCAAGCCAGAUACCUAUGGAGCUGGUGACUUAAUGCAUGGACGAGUGCCAGGAGAAUAUCUGAGAGGAAAAGACAGGCAGCGUGGAGUGCUGGCAGCAAUCAGGCAACAUUUGAAGAAGGCCAACUACCACAGUUUUGAGAACUUGCUGCAUGCUUUCAAAUUUUAUGACAAGGAUGGAACUGGUAAAAUUGAUAUCAACAACCUCCAUGAGGUGUGUGCCCAGUUCAACCUGCCUGUGGAGCCAGAACUGUUGGUUCAAUUAAUGGAUUGCUGUGAUGCAAAUAAAGAUGGUUUUAUUGACUAUGUGGAAUUUGCCAACUUCCUCAACUGGAAAGACAAACUGCCAAGCGGAUUUCCUGACAAAAAAGAUGAAACAGCACACACUUCUAAUGCAGUGGUAGAAGAUAAAGAUUUGGUACCCAAGAGUCCCCAGAGCAGAGCUAGCACCCCAAGGAGACUGCAAAAACAAAUAGACGAUGCUAUAACUCAACAGAAAACAAGUUCAUCCGUUAUCAGUGCAGUUGUUGGAGGAUUGUCCACAAAAGACUACCGUUCCUAUGGAGUUCCAACAAUAAGAUCAGACAUUCCGGUUCCACGUAUCAGAAGAAUUGAUGAUACCAAAAAUUAUGGAGAUGAGUCUGAUGCCUAUGGCCUUCUAAAUCCUUCCAUUUACAGUGUUCAGGGGGUGCAUGAAAAAGAUUUCCUCCUUCCAAGACCAAAAGAAGAGAUCAAAGAAAUUUUUACAAAUAUUGGAGUCAAGAUGACACUCGAUACAUUUGAUGACUUAUGGAAAAUGGCAUCUCAAAGGCAUCCCAAGGGGCACGUCAGUGUUGAGUCCUUCAGAGGUGUGUUAGAUGAGAUUCAGGCAGCUCAGUUGCAGUCAUAAAUCACAAACACAAUGAAGCAGUCCUUAGAAAAACUGAAAUCACGUCUACUUCCAUUGAACUGAUAUUUUGCGCAUGCUAAUGAAUGAACAUGGGGAAUUUUUACUGUAUGUUUAUCAAGCGAAAAAGAUAAAAACCAUCUAAAUUUUGUAGGUGUAUCACAUAUCAUUUUAAAACAUUUACAGAUUAGUAUUUAAGUUUAGGGUUCAUAUAUAUUGCCAUUGUAUGGGUAUCUUGCUGUAUAUGUCAGACAAGUUUCUUGUGCCAACCCUUGUUUACUAACAUAAAGCAAUAAUGUUAGCUUUAUAAUUUUGUUGUUAUUCUCUGUGACAUAUCAAUAUAAACUUGAUACUCACCAUUUUAAAAUGUUAUUCAGUUUUAAUUGUAAUUUGCUGAAACAUUUAUAUUGCACUUUUACCA